CUCUCGCUCUCUCUCUCUGUCUCUCCUCUCUCUGUGUAACUCUGACUUUCAAAUAAGAAAUUAAAAAAAAAUGAGUCAUCAGCUUGCUGUUGCCCUUUCUCUGUUCUUGACUCAUUCGGGAAAUAUUUGCUCACUGCCCACGAUUCAGACUUGGGGGCAAGGGCAGAGAUAAAAUGGUAUGGCAUCAGGCAGUGCUAGAAGUGACUUCAGAGUGAUUGGAUCCCUGCCUCAUAAACACCCCUCAUCCUGACCGAGGGCAGGGACCGUCUCACGUGUACAUGUCCUAUAGUUCCUGGGACCCAGUAGGCACCAAAUCAAUCAUGCAGUGUUGGAUACACCUGGAUUCUUUUCUUUUUUCUUAAAGUAAGUCCUUAUUGUUUAAAGAUCUUAUUUAUUUGAGAGGUAGAGUUAUAGAGCGAAGGAGAGACACAGAACGAGGUCUUCCGUCUGCUGGUUCACUCCCCAAAUGGCCACAACGGCUGGAGCUGUGCCGACCCGAAGCCAGGAGCCAGGAGCUUCUUCUAGGCACCCACGUGGGUGCAGGGGCCCAAGGACUUGGGCCAUUUUCCACUGCUUUCCCAGGCCACAGCAGAAAGCUGGAUUGGAAGUGGAGCAGCCCGGAUACUGACAGGCGCCCAUCUGGGAUGCAGGGACCCGGGCGGAGGCCCAGCACCUGCAUUCUAACCCUGCCCUUGCCAGUAAGCACAGGUCCUCGGGACAGCACCCUGCUUCCUUCCCGCGUCCCCAGUGCUAUCAUCCAAGUAACGGGAACAGUGGCAAACCGCACGUGGAAGAGCUUUCAGUCUCAAGUUAUCCCAGACUCUAACCACAAGAAGCAAACUUUGGGAACCGAGGCUGAAAAUAAAGCCCAUGUUCAUUCCCUCGUGGAUUCCCCAACGUCAUCCCCUCGGCCUCGGCCGCCCUCCUCGUUUUCAAGAUUGUCCUCUAGGGGGCACGCAAGCUCCGCGGCUCUCGUUCCUCACUUCCGUUCGCCGUCACUCUUCGUGGUGCGCAUGCGCACCACCCGUUCCGCGCAGCCCUUUCACUCCAGGGGGUUUGGCCAAAGGUUGCACCCAUUACGCCUGCGCAAGGUCAGCCCCGCCCCUCCGCCGCUGUCCCCGGAAACGCUUCCUCCCACGCAGCCGCGGCGGCCCCUCGGGUAGCCGGAGCUUUGCCUCUCUAGGCCUGCGAGGCCUCUCCUCCAUGGUCCUGUCUGUCAGCUCGGUGCCGGGAGCCUGCGGCUGAGGCCGGGCCACUCUCGGACGCGUCGAUCUUCGAGUCCGUCGCCGGUGAGUGGAGCCCAGAGGAGCUGGUGGACGGGCCGGGGGCCGAGCAGCCGGGGUGCGGGGGCGGCCGGGGGCCCCAUGGCGAGGCGGCGCUGACCGAGGCCUGGGCGGCGACCCGGCCCCGCGGGCGGGCAUGGCGGGCCAGUUCCGCAGCUACGUGUGGGACCCGUUGCUGAUCCUGUCGCAGAUCGUCCUCAUGCAGACGGUGUACUACGGCUCGCUGGGCCUGUGGCUGGCGCUGGUGGACGGGCUCGUGCGAAGCAGCCCUUCGCUGGACCAGAUGUUCGACGCCGAGAUCCUGGGCUUUUCCACCCCUCCAGGCCGGCUCUCCAUGAUGUCCUUCAUCCUGAAUGCCCUCACCUGCGACUGGGCAGGCUCAUCUGCCUAAGCCCCAGGUUCCUCGUCACCAAAAGGGGCAGAUAGUCACUUCUGUCGGAGCUGUGAGGCUUUAGUGCGUUACUGCACAGGAAGUACUGAAAACAGUGCCUCAUCCUUACUGCGGAGUUUGAAAACUGCUGGGCUGACUUGGACCUAAAUUUGCCUCCCAGAUGUGUUCUGAGUGGCUUACACAGGUAUUCGCCCAAGCUUAGUGUUCAAAACAUUUUUGUUCAAUUGAAAGUAUAUUUUAUAUAAAAAUCCAGGUUGCUGGCUAAUCUUGAAUAAUGGGAAGAUAGAUUGAUUUCAAGCCAAACUUCUAGCAUGAUACGAUUUGCCUAGGUACAAGUUAGCUGUUGUUUCCACUUUAGACAGAACAUGUUUGCUUUCAGGGUGCCGCAGUCCCCACCAAGCCCUAGGAUCCCCCCCCACAAGUGACAAUUGCCAUUAAGCAUCAAGCUUAUGCUUUCAUUUUCUGCUGUUCCUUCUGACUCACUUUUGAUAGCACCUGCCAGGUUCCUCUAGGCGUCUGAUAGUGUCACCCUUAUCUGCUUCUCUUGUGACCACAAUGUUCUUAUGCUAAGUGUCCCCACCCCCAAGUAGCCUCAUCUCAGGCCAGGACGACCCAUGGCCACUCGCUGCUGUCCUUUCC